UUUAGGCUCCUCAUGUACUUGUAAGUGCAAUUCAACUGAAACUCCUGCACCAGGGACCGCAUGGGGGUGAGUAAGCAUGUGUCUUGCCCUGGAGAGAGGCCAACCCCAGGAGCUAAAGAGGGCAUACGUGAACGUUACGCGUUCAUAACAAAGACCACAGGUCUGGAAAGCUCACGAGAGUGGUGGUUUUUCCACCUGCCCUUCGCGAACUCUGGAAGCCUGGAUUUGCUGGACAGAUGAAUACCACGAUGCACACCAACCAGUCUUCUCCCGCCCCAGAAAACCUCCUGACAUCCAGCAUGGUUCCUACCUCGUUCCGGUUAGAUUUCUUCUCUCCUCUGGUGGAUUCCAGCCAUUCGAUUGUGGAGGACGGCUCCCAGCUAAGGGCUGAUCAAAAUCACUCCCAGGAGACUCAGCCCCUCUUUUUGACCACAUCCACGGCAAAAGUAAUCUCAGGCCUCUUUGUCUGGACGGCUCUGUUCCUUACGUUCCACCAGAUCUUCUUGCAUCUGAAGAAUUACACCAUCCCCAACGAGCAGCGCUAUAUCAUCCGAAUUCUCUUUAUUGUUCCCAUUUAUGCCUUUGAUUCCUGGCUUAGUCUCCUGCUGAUUGGCAGUCACCAAUACUACAUUUACUUCGACUCGGUGCGGGACUGCUAUGAGGCAUUUGUGAUUUACAGCUUUCUGAGCCUCUGCUUUGAAUACCUUGGAGGAGAGAGCACCAUCAUGGCCGAAAUCCGAGGGAAGCCCGUUGUGUCUAGUUGUCUCUAUGGCACUUGCUGUCUCCAAGGGAUGUCCUACUCAAUUGGGUUUCUCAGGUUUUGCAAGCAGGCCACGCUGCAGUUCUGCAUCGUCAAGCCUGUCAUGGCAGUCAUCACCAUUGUUCUCCAAGCGUUUGGGAGAUACCACGAUGGCGAUUUCAACAUCCACAGCGGGUACCUCUAUAUCACCAUAAUCUACAACUUCUCAGUCAGCCUGGCCCUCUAUGCCCUCUUCCUCUUCUACUUUGCCACCACGGAGCUCCUUAGGCCCUUUGAGCCAGUCCUCAAGUUUCUCACCAUCAAGGCAGUCAUCUUCCUCUCCUUUUGGCAAGGGAUGCUGCUGGCGAUCUUAGAGAAGUGUGGGGUGAUCCCGGAGGUCCAGAUCAUCGACGGGAAGGCGGUGGGAGCUGGAACCGUGGCGGCAGGAUACCAGAACUUCAUCAUCUGUAUUGAGAUGCUGUUUGCGUCCAUUGCUCUCCGUUAUGCUUUCACCUGCCAGGUGUACCAAGAGAAAAAGGAAAGCGCAACAGCAGGUCUUGCCCCAUUGCAAAGCAUUUCCAGUGGGCUGAAGGAAACUAUAAGUCCUCAAGAUAUAGUUCAAGAUGCCAUCCAUAAUUUCUCCCCAACCUACCAACACUACACACAGCAAUCCAUGCAGGAGGCGGAAGGUGGGGGGCUUGAACAGAAUGGCCACCUGGGCCCUCAGGUGGAGAGCUCGCAGAGCAAGAAGAAUAAGAGUCUUGAGAAAAGGGUGCUGAUAAUCUCCGACGAUGAGCUGUAACGUGCAUCUUCAAGGAAGGGGACUUUGUAUUUUAGACAGAUCUUCUUGCCUCUCUCCAGCUCAACAGCUGCCAACCGAAUCAGACGACGUUGGUGAAUGAAGCAAGGGAGGUGUCUCAUUCUUGUUCUCUCAACUGGCUAUUGGGGGAAGAUGCUACGUAGGGCUGACUUCCUAAAUACAACCAGGCCUCCUCUUUGGGCUACAAUCACUUGUUAUUUGUUGUUGUGGCAAAAAUAGCCAGGAGUUCCUGCCGGACUUAUUCUUGGUCUCAGUGCCUGGCAGCCAGGAAGAUUGAGGAAAACAGCAGAAUUUCUCAAUGGAUGCAGCUCCUCACGUCCCCAGCGCAUGGAGAAGAUACUGAUUAUAGGCACAGAGAAGGAACAAGGGAACGUAGGAAUGGACUAAACUGGAUGGAAUCAACAUUCCUCGUUCAGCAGUUGUUGCAGCUCAGUCCCACUGAAACUGGAUUCCCACUGCUAUCCCUCUGUUUGUGGGUCUGAUCCACUGGGCUGGGAAUGAACAGCUUGGAGUCCCAGGGAAAUAAAAGCACUUUUCUUUCCAACGCUCCUUCCCACCACAAGGUGCUGAAACAGGGUGAGGAAUUAAAGAGUCAGAUUCUUUUGUGAAGUUGCAUUGGGGCUGAAAAGCUUCCAUUCCUAGUGGUUAUCUUGGAUGUCAGAGGAAUUGUGACUUUAUCUUGUAAAAAAGAGGGAUAGGAUUGCAUUGAAGGCUAUUUUGGUAAACCAGUGGAAUGGAUGGAGAUCAGGACGUUGGCAUUUGGAAUGUCUCAAAAGCCAAGUUGGUCUCCAUAGCAGAAAUAGAGAUAAUUGAGAAUAUUAAGGCAAAAUCAGCACUACUUUUAAAAUCCUUCCAUGUGAGGCCUGCUUCCAAACACCUAUACGGCAGGUCCACACAGGGACAAAGCAGCCUUCCUCAAACUGACUUCUUUCAGGUGGUGGACUUCAGGUGGACUUCAUCUCCCACCAUUUCCAGCCAGCACAACGUUGGGGUAAAGGCUGAAGUGUGUUAAGAGGUUGUCAGCAGCUGGUGUGAACACCACGACUUCCCCAUGGGGUGACUCUGUUUAUAUACUUCCUGUUUUGGGGGUUCCAGCUUCCAGAGUGAUUGCUAUGAAUCUCAAGUGUAAAUCUGUACAUUUCAAAAAUAUAAGUUACAUAAAAAUUUGUAA